AUGUCCUUUGGCUUCAACGCUUCGAACAACGCCAUGAGUGGAAAUGUAAAUGCAGGGCCCGACCUGGAGACGAUCCAGACAGAGGCUCUCGGGUUCCUCUCCAUCGCCGGCGAUGCCAAGGUCCGCCUCACGUCUGCCUGGGACUCGCUUCCUGCCGCCACGUCCUCCCUCCUCAGCGUCGCCUCGAAACGAGGUCUGGUUGCUGCCGCCGGCCCUGACCAACUCGUAAUCGCCACAACCGAAUCGAUUCGGAAAGCGUUCGAAUCUCCCAAGGAUGGCGACUCGGACAUUCGCGCCUUUGAGCCUCAGCUCAAGAUCCCUAUGCCCAUGAGGGUCUCACAACUCGUCUUCACUUCCGACGAGAACCACCUGGUGCUCUCUGCAGAAUCCGGCGGUGGCCUUGCUGUGUACGAAGUCUCGAGUCUUCUCCAGGGCUCUUCGAAUUCCGCGUUUGAGCUCUCUACCAAUGGCGAGGCGCUGAGGUCGCUGGUGCCGAAUCCUACCGUUCCAGAACUUUGCGCCAUCGUCACAAAUGGCGGCAACCUCCACAUGGCCAAUCUUCAAGAACGGAAAAUAAGCAAUGCGCUCAAGUCUCAAGUUAGCUGUAUCAGCUGGAGCUCAAAGGGCAAGCAGCUCUGUGCUGGCUUGGCGGAUGGAACCAUUCACCAAAUGACGCCCGAGGGAGAGGGCAAAGCCGAUAUCCCCAAACCCCCCAACGUAGACAACUGCCAUGUUUCAUCGCUCACAUGGCUUGAGAAUAAUCUCUUCCUCGCUAUCCACUCAACCAACGACUCGCCCCCCUCUUCCAUCUAUCACAUCAUUACACGCCAGCCUCCUUCAUCCUUCACCUACCAGAAACUUACGGACCCGGUUGAGCCUUUUGGAUCAGACAAGACCCCUCACCACUCUAUACUAAGGCUCAGGGACUUCCCUCCCGACCUCCAGGACCUCCUCAUCGUCUCGUCUACAGCGUCAACCGAUAUCGGUUUGCUGACGCGAUCGAAAAAUGCGCUGGCAACCGACAAACCCGCCGAGUCCAUUACCGGCGUCUUCACGACCACCGAGUUGCUUGAUGACUCUAAGCGGCCAACUCUUCCUAUGACAGAUUCCAUGGAAGACUCUACGCCUAUCGGCAUCGCCCUGGAUUUGUCCAGUAAGGAUAAGGUAUAUAAGCCUAUACCAUCCGACGAAGAGCUUGAAGAGUCGCCUACUCCUCUACCAGGCUUCUGGGUCCUCACCCACGAAGGUGUGCUUUGCUCUUGGUGGAUCAUCUAUACCGACUCUAUCAAGAAGGGUACGGCUUAUCCCGGAUUGACGGCGGUUCAAGGAGAUGCGGCGUCUGCGCCGGCAGCAGCUGCGACUUCAGCAUCGCCCUUUUCCUCAGCAACCCCAGCAGCUCCUGCUUUUGGCUCGGCAGCACCGCUCGGCCAGAAGGCGUCUCCCUGGGGCUCGGGGGGCUCCGGCACUGCUGCUACACCCAGUGCGGGUGGAGGAGCGUUUGGAUCGAGUGCUUUCGGGUCAGCAUCCUCGGCCGGUGCAGCGUUCGGGAAGCCGAGCGCCAUUGGAUUCGGCCAGGCGGCGCCACUGGGUACUCGAGCCUCGCCUUGGGCCUCCGCUGGUGCGGCGACGGGGUCGACAUCGGCGGCCCAGCCCGCGUUUGGUCAGUCGGGCUUUGCAAGUUUCGCAAACAAGGCCCCUCAGAGUGCUUUUGCAACCGCAGCUCAGUCCUCCACCACGCCUGGCUCUUCUGGGGGCUUUGCUAGCUUUUCCACUCAAGGUGGAUUUGCCUCCCUUGCCGGUAGCAGCGGUAACACCGGAGGUAGCAUCUUCGGUAGCGGCGGCAAGCUAGCUGGUGCUGGGAGCGCUUUCGGAUCAGGCUCAACGGACACGGCUUUCCCGUCAAAGCCUUCAGGAAGCGUCGUUGGGUCUGCCCAGGAGAAGCCGUCCGGCAGCGUCUUCGGCUCUACUCCUUUCAAGCUAGAGAGCUCAUUCAAGCCUGAUCCAGCUCAGGCAGAAAAUGACACAUCAUCAGCACCUACUGGGUCGUCCAUGUUUGGAUCCGCCUUCGGAUCGGCUCUCAAUGAUGCAGGAGCCAAGGCUGCCGAUGACUCUGCGACGGCCAAAGACGAGGACAUGGACACCGGCGACACCCCCUCAGCAACUCUGGGAUCGGGCUUAAAGUUUGGUGCUGCCCCAACGACUGCUGGCGCAACCUCAAUCUUUGGUAAGAAAACAGAUGCUCCUAAGACCACCAGCGGCGGUUUGUUCGGGUCAGGGGGGGCCACCCCCAAGCCUGCGGGCUCUAGUCCCGCCGCCUCUUCCGGGCUCUUUGGUUCUGCUUCUAAACCCGACGACGAUUCCAAGACACCUGUAGCUAAAAGUGUCGAAACGUUCAGUGCACCUCUUCCUCCGGACGCGACCAGCAAGUCAUCGUACCAAAUUGGCGAGUCUCUGUUUGGCAGCGGAGCUGCCUCGAAACCGAGCACUCUUUUCUCUACUGCUGCCAAGGAUACGGCUGCACAGAGCAAGACAGCAGACUCAUCGUCAAAACCAAACCCCUUCCUCACAGCUUCCAAACCAUCCGAGGAGAAGCCGACAUCAAGUUAUGCCUCGAAAUCAAACAAGGCCGCCGCCCCCGCCAGCUUCGAGCUCCCUUCAUCUACAAACAAGGCCCAGCCGAAGGUACCCUCUCCUCCGGCGCCGGCUUCCGACGAAGAGGAAGAAAGCGACUUGAGCGACAAUGCCUCCGAGGGUAGCGGCGUAGACGUGGCCAAGGACCUCGGACUAGGAGCCCGUACGUCUCAGAGCUCCGCAGAAACCCCUCGACCACUGUUUGGGGAGGUUGGCCGAUCCACCCCUUCGAUUCCUCAGCCAGAUGCCACGAAGCCUCGAUCGCCCAGCCCCAUGAGAGCUGCAGCUCGGAACCGUGCCCUGUUGUCGGAAGCUAAUAGAUCUGUCAGUGCACCGGGCGUGGCUUCUGAGCUGCUGGCGCCGAAGAGGGCGCAGCUCGUCGCCUCAAAUGCUGCCGGCAAAGAGAAGACGGCGGCCGAGGACACGUUCAUCGCGCAGUCGAGGAAGCUGAGGGAGCGACAACAAGCCGAGGAAAGCCGGCUGUUGAUUGAUGAAGAGGAUGAGGAAGUACAGAGAUUGGACGAGUUUAUUGCACACUCCAACAUCGUGCCGCCGGCCCAGGAGAGCAUUCCUGCUCAAGUUGAAGCUGUCUACCGAGACAUCAACUCGAUGAUUGACACGCUUGGACUCAAUGCUCGCUCCGUGAUGGCCUUUAUCAAAGGCCAUACCGAUCAUCGUGAUCCAGACGAUUGGCUGUUUGGCGACCUGGAGGAAGGCCGAGUGCAGGACCUGCCCGACAAGCUCGAGGCCUGCCAAGAACUUGCCAGAGAUAUGCACCGCCUCCGAGCCAAGCAGGAGGAUCUGAAGCGGGUCAUCAUGACGCGACAAGCGCAGCAGAAUGAGCUGAGGCGGGAGUAUGCCAACUUUUCAAAGCUUCUCGCCGAAGCGGAAGAAGCACUGACCCUCCUCAAGACUCGCAUUGCAUCGAUUUCUGGCGCCUCUGGCAGAGGGGGCACAAACGUUCCCACCGUGGAGGCUGUGAUGAAGACCAUCACCAAGAUGACCAGCAUGGUUGAGAAGCGCAGCGGAGACAUUGACGUGUUGGAGACGCAACUGCGAAGGAUGCGGCUGGAGCCUUCCAGCAGAGAAGAGUCUCCUUUUCGGACACCGCAGUCAAGGCGAAGCAUCCUGCUUUCUCCGGAGGUGACGCCGGCUCGCAGCUUGCGCCAAAGCAUCUCGGGCAGCGUCAUCGGCUUUAGCAGGGAAGAAAAGGGAGAAUUGAUGGACAAGAGGGCCAAGCGACAGGCGGUGCUCGGGAGACUGAAGGAGAGCGUACAGAAGAAGGGCGUCAGUGUGUGGAACAUGGAAGACAUUGAGUAA